AACUGCUCCCAGGUAGGACCCAUCAUAUGCUCUCCAGGAAUCCUGAAAACAUUGUUUUCAAUUAUCCAAGAAAAACACCUUAGGAUCCAAUUGCAAAGUAUUGGAUUCUAGUGUGGGUUUAUAAGGACUUGAGCUCUCCAACUACAAUGACUUGCUUUGGUGUUGUGAUUUUCCCAAGGUUUUUAUCAAUUAGUAUCAAAGCUUUCUGCUAUGUCUCAGCUGCAAACGAGUGGUGCAGGUGGUGAUGUUGGCAUUGUAGUGUUACCUAGGACAAGUCAAAGAGCUAUUUCAUAGCCAGCCUCUGUGGGUGCUAGGGCUGUGGAGUGUGUGGCGAGAUGGUAGGAUCAAAUUGCAGGAUGGGCAUGGAGCCAGUUCUUGCAAUUGACUUUGACAUUAAAGAGAUUCCUAAGAAAGUGAAUUGGGAAGAAUACAUACCACAGGACUCAGAUCAGUGGGAGUCACAGAUGGUUGUGUCUAGAAUGUUUGAUGAGAGGCCUAUAUGGCCCAAAGAUUCACUUACUGAACGCUUGAUUGAUAAGGGCUUAAGCUUUUCUCAUGGCAUGCUCAGAAGGCUUCUAUCUAGAAUUUCUUAUUACUUUUCUAGUGGUCCAUUUCUAAGGUUUUGGAUCAAGAAAGGAUAUGAUCCACGCAAAGACCCUGGUUCUCGCAUUUAUCAAAGAAUUGAUUAUCGAGUUCCUGUCCCAUUACGAAGUUACUGUGAUGCUCAUUCUGCCAAUAAAUCUAAACAUAGAUGGGAGGAUAUAUGUGCCUUUCGUGCUUUCCCUUACAAGUUCCAGACUUCUUUACAGUUAUUCGAGCUUGUCGAUGAUUAUAUUCAAUCAGAAAUAAACAAGCCUCCGUUGCAAGCAACUUGCACUUUUGCAAAUGGGUGGUUCUCACAACACAUGAUCAAUUGUAUUAGACAACGUCUUAUGGUGAGAUUCCUAUCAGUAUUUCCCAAGCCUGGCGCAGAGAAUUUACUCAGAGCUGCCACUUCAAGGUUUGAAAAAUUAAAGAGGGAGUCCCUUAGGAAUGUCAUGAAGCUUGAUGGAGUAGAAUGCCAGCAACCUAAUUUAGGUUUGGAAGAGAAUGAAGAACUUGACAAUGCUGAAGAUGAAGAGGAGGCAGCCGUGGGUAAUGAUAGUGAAGAAGAAUGGGAAGAAGAAAUUGAUUUGGUUGGAGAUAAUGAAAUGCCUCUGCCGUCUAAUUCAUACAUCAACAUGGAGAAUAUUUCAAGGACUCAUUUACAGGAACUUUUUGGUAGCUUCCAUCCUAAUGCAAUUGAUGGUGAGCAAGUACUUGCAAAUGGCAGCGACGAAGAAUAUCAUAUAUACGGGGAAGAUAGUGAGGAGAAUUACUCUGAUGAAUAAUUUGUGUCAUUCAGAGUCAUCAAAUACACAUAUAGGAGUAUCAAUGUUUUUUUAAGUUACAUAGGAGGGUAAAUAUCAUCUUAGGUUUGUUGAUUAAAUAUCAUCAUGGAUCCUAGAAUUCACAUUGUUAUUACAAGAAGUAUCUCUAAUUACAUUUGUAAAAACAGAGAAAAAUAUAGUGGUAGAUGGAAAGUAGUUUUCAUUUAAUUAUCUAUUUUUGUUGAUAACUAUAAAACAGUGGUGGAAAUAGAAUUGGUGAAUGAUGAGAUUGAA